AAGAAAAUGGGAAAAUCAAAAGGCCCGGGAGGUCGAGGAUAUUUCGGGAAGGAGCGCCGCUAUAAAUAAAGCGGGCUGGUGCUGGAAAAUCGCUCAGCCGCGCUCGCUCCUCCUCCGUCUUCCUGCUUAUACCCUAAACCCUAGCUCCUCUCUCUACAGCCCUCUUGGAGCAGCUGGUUCAUUAGACAAUUGACAAUGGCUUUCUACAACAAGGUCGGGAAUCUUUUGAAGCAGAGCCUUUCCCAAAAUGGGCCUGCUUCUAUGCUGAACUCCAUUCGAUUCAUGGGGAGCCAAUCUAAACUUUUUGUAGGAGGUCUUUCUUAUGGAACGGAUGACCACUCUCUUAAGGAUGCGUUCUCGAGCUUUGGUGAGGUGGUUGAAGCCAGGGUAAUAACAGACCGAGAUUCAGGAAGAUCUAGGGGUUUUGGAUUUGUCAGUUUCUCUAGCGAUGAAUCUGCCAGCUCAGCAGUGUCAGCCAUGGACGGUCAGGAUCUUCAAGGGCGGAAUAUCCGUGUAAGCUACGCAACUGAGAGACCCAGUGGCAACCGAGGUUUUGGUGGUGGUGGCGGCGGCGGUGGCAACUAUAGUGGUGGGUAUGGUAGCAGAGCAGGCGGAGAUGGUGGCUUUUGAGCAGUUACUUCUAUUUUCAGCUUUUACUUGCUCUGAUCAAGGUUGCUUAACCUUUUGAUCUGUACUUUUGGAUCUGGUUUGGAUUCCUUCAUAUUUAGUGGUUUGUCUCGUGCGCAAUUUGUGAAGUUGCUCUAAGUUGGUAUAACUGCUAAAUAAUUUGUUGCUUGUUGCGGGAUAUCUGCAUUUUGUCAUUGCUUUAAAUAGAUGCUUCCCCUAUGGAA